CGUGCCUUACUACUUAAAAGAGAGCCUUUCCGAGGUCACAGAAUGCGAGGCCUAUUUCUCGCGGGUCUCUUGGGUGCUACCACAAGCACAGUCUCAUCGGUAGUCAACUCUCACGCAGCUACAUUUUACAUCGACGUUAUCGCACCAUACUACAAGCUGUCGGAGGAGAAGGCGUUGAUUGUAAUGCGACUUCUCGCAUUUGCGAGCGGUGCAAUCAUGACACUGUUUGCAAUCGCAGUGCCGGCACUGGGAACAGCAACUCGGCUGUUCCUGAACUUCUACGCCUCCGCAUCGGGCCCGUUCUCUGCGCUGGUCAUUCUGGCCGUCACGAGUCCAUGGGUGAAUUCAAAGAUCUGGCACGCGGUGGGCAGGAGCAUGUCCAGCGUGGCCAAGCCACCCGUAUUUCCUGGGACGCUGGACAGGUGCCCCGCGCCGGAAAACAUCACGGCUGAAGCAGCCAGGAAUCUGUACAACGCAGACGGACAGAGCGCCUACGUCUUCCCGCUGUAUCGGCUGUCCUUCUUUUGGAGUUCCUUCUUCGGCGCCCUGAUGACCAUAACGCUUGCCGUGGUGCUCAGCUUCGCAACAGGUGGUAUACAAAGGGCCCGAAAGAAGUUACGGUUCACCAGUCCUCUAUUUACGGAAUUCUGGAAAAAAUUUAAGCUGAUCGGUGAAGAAUAUGAGGUGAGUGCACCAAGGACAUUGAACGGCGUCGUCGUCUCGAAGAACAGGUCUGACGACGAUGAGCGAACGAAGCUGGGCACCGAGCUGACUCCGGUGUAUAAAGAGCGCACGAGCAGCGACGUCGCCAUUGCAAACGCCUCAGAGUGCCCAACGUAACGGAAGAAGCAGUUGACUGUAGAGCUGUGAUUGACGUUCUUGGCUGUUAUUCUGUCGAAGCCAAGUCGCUUCUGUAUUCACCACGUCGCUGCCAUGUGGGAAAGCCCCAGGAUCAUUGCCGCCUCUGGAAUCUCGAAACACGUGUGUGGACUCAGCAGGCGCGGGUCAAGCCGAGGGCGACCAAAAAGCUCACUAGCAGCUGCUUAAUGCUAUUGCCUUCCCUAUUCGGGAACUCACCCACCGCUGUGGGCUAGUCAUUAUGGUGCUUUGUUGCUGACCCGAAGGUCGCGGGAUCGAGUCGCGGCCGCGGCGGCCGCAUUUUCGUUGACGGCAACAACGCUGGAAGCCCGUGUGCCUAGAUUUAGGUGCACGUUAGAGAACCCCAGGUGCUCUAAAUUGUCAGAGCCCUUGAUUACGUUGUCUCUCAUAAUUAUAUUGUAGUUUUGGGACGUCAAACCCCCUGAAUUAUGAAUAAACUGGUAACUCGGUUUUGCGGAAGUCCCCAAAGUGUAGAAAGUUUCAUGAAAGUGCAACAUUGGCACUCACCUGGGCUCUAUCCCCUAAAUUGAAGCUUGGAGCAAAAUGAAUGAAGAUGGGCUUUGCCCAUUAUGUAGACUGACAGGUCAUGAUCACAAAUAAAAAAAAAACGAGAGAGCUAAGGAAGGUGUUUUCUGAACAUCUCACCAUGUAUGACUUGUCAUGAAACGGUACCUCACUUUUCUGAUUGUAUUUUGUAUAUAGUGCUUGUUAGCAUGCACCCGUGCGACUACGCGCAGUGUCCUGCUCUUUAUCAUGCGAACUGAUCACUUCCGGUAUUGAGGGCUGUAGUUCGAGCUUGGAUAGCUUAACGAUUGCAUUCCACUGUGUUCCUUUAACUGAGUUACUCAUCUGAGCGUUGUUCCGCCCGAUACACUAGCAUUGUUGUUGACUAAGCCCCUGCAGUAGCGGAGAAGAAAAAAACGAAUCAAUGCAAAUCUAUGCGGCAAUUCUAUUGGUCCCACAGUUUUAAGGUGUUCAUGUGAAAGACAUACGUGAAAUAUUAACCUAAUCAGAUAGUAGCUACUGUCAAUGCGACACGCGUGGUAGCUUAGUGGCCACGGUAUGGUUCUGCCGAUCAGAGUGCGGAUUUAAUUCUCGGUCACUGUAUGCGCAUUUGGUAGGCGACGAAAUGUAACCGCAGAAUCUAUUCAUAUGAGAUAAGGCCAACUUCGAAGUAAACUAUAGGACGCGACAUGUACAAGUUCGAAUUACUUACGUUCGCGUAAUGAUUGCGCAGCCCUAAAAGAAAUCGUACAUGUCCAGAACGCUCAACGUAAAUGCUGAAUUUUCAUUAACAUUUUUUCAUUUAGGGACAAUAAUACAAAUCAUUUUUUACAUCUUUUCCUGGUACGGUUUCCACCCAUUGUUACACUCCUCUUUUUAAGGAAUCUUUUUUACUUUUUUGCAAGUUCCAGAGCUUUCAAGUUAUUUGUAAACAUUCUUUGUACAGUGUAUGGAUCUCUGCUAUGUUUGUGACUCGUUACUUUUGCGCCACUGUUGUUUUUAUCUUUUCCUAACUUUGUUUAUGUUUACCGUCCCUUCAGCCACGUGAUAUCCAAGUGUAAUUGUGCGUUAUAUAACACGCACAUGUUUGUAGUUUGCGAAGAAAGGAGCGAAGAAGCAACUUUCAGCAUUAGAAGACAAUCACGGCAAGCUGUUAGCGGUUACAUGAUGCAAUAAAAGAGAGAUUGAGUUUCGAA